GUUAACUUUAGUGUGCGCCGACCAGUUUCCGUAGACGGCCACAAAACACGGUACGCAGACGCGACUAUCCAAAAUAAAAAAAUAAUUUACACAAAAUUUCAAUACGACAAAGAAAAGCCAACAACAACAAAGAAAAAACCCAAUCGAAGAGCGCUCCGCUUAUGUAAGCCCCAGCCUCAAAGUUCUACCCAGUGCAGUGGCAAAGCGCAGCGCUCAAAGUGUAAACACAACAACAACAGCAACAACAACGACAACAACCCCCCAACACAAGAAAAAAGGCAGCAGCUACAGCUCCAUUUGAAUUAAGCUCGAUUCGCAAUCUCUCAACUCUCCGUUUUCGUAAUCGCAAAACAAAAGCAAAAAGCUAAAUAAAAAGCAAAAGAAAAAGAGAAAAAAGUGAAUCUGCCUUUCAAGUAAUCUCCAUUUUAAUUUCCAUCUCGCUCGCACCCAACAGUCUGACAGUCUGCCAUUUUUUUCCGUUGCUACUGCUGCUGCUGCGCCGCGCGUUUUUUAUUGUUUAUGUUUUUUCGUGUUCUGAGCCCCGAGAGAAGGUUAAGAAGUAAUAAAAGCAAUACAAUCAUCAGAAUCACAAUUGCGAUCACAAUGAAAUGGAAUGAGUGAAAAAUAAAUUUCGUUAACAACAACAAAGUCGUCUGCCAAGCAAAUUUCACGCCGUAUUUAAUCUUGGCGCACUGCCCGCCUGCAGUUUAAUCGCAGUUCGUCUGUCUUUUCGUUCGUGUUGUGUGGGUUCUGUGUUCUUCUGGUUCUGCGUGCGAUUCUUAGUGUAUUCUGCCACUGAUGAUCUGUGCUGUUCAACAGUUAUCAGUUAUCAGUUAGCAGUUAUCGGCGCGCGUUUCGUUAUCGUUAUUGCAAUCGUCGAGUUCGAGCUAGAGCCAGAAGCUAGAGCUAGAAGUCAAGCACAGGGCGCAGGCGCAGUCGUAUACGCGUAACGGUACAAACGUAACGGUAAACUAAACACAUGCACACACACAGUCACAUCAAGUCCAUCGCUAACGAAUAUCGUGCAUGAGAGUGCUGUAGAAAUUUGAAAAUACUUUCCUAAGCAAAGGAUUUUCGCAUUAAAGAACAACGUUCUAGAAAAUAGACAUCAUUUGGACGUAGUCCAAGUUCUUUAAGCCAACCCCUAAGAUACACAGCAUAAAAUGUUCUCAAUACUUGGCUCAAUCAUAGCGCUUGUAUUGGCCAGCACAAUAUGCCAGGCACUGCCAGAUUUGCACAAACAAAUGUCGCCGGAGCAACUGCAUUCGGUUUUCCAUGUGGACACACACGACGCCGUGCCGCACUAUGAGCUCGUGCAGCUUCUGCACCACUCGUCGCACGGCGGACUGCAGCGCAAGCGUCGCAGCAUCGACGAACGCAGCAAUGCGCUUGCCCAGAAGCCGCAUCAUGUGAAAAAGGAUCUGAGCAAGAAUGCCUACUACAGUGAGCUGAAGCAGCAGGCGGCUGCCGCUGGCGCUGGCAGGAGCAAUAAUCAUCUGCUUGGCGACGACAUCAGCUCCAUCAAGGCGCACAAUGUGUCCUUCAGCGCUUUCGGCAAUCACAUGAAUCUCACGCUGCGCGCCACGCAGGGCCUGUUCAAGGGCGCGCCCCAUGAGCUGCGCAUGUGGUCGGUGGGCAGCGAACCAAAUGCCACGCAUGGCUUGGAUCUGCACGAAAUUCUUGAUGAGAAGCAUCACAAGCAUGAAAUUGGUGAAGUAUUCCAAGAUGAGCAAAAUAUGGCAGCGAUCUUAAUGCGUCGCCACAUGGAAACUGGCGAUCUGAUAAUGGAGGGCAGCAUUGGUCACGAUCUGGUCAUUAAACCUUUGCCACACGAGCUGAGCCCCAACAAGGAGCAGGCCCAUCACAUUGUCUACAAGCGUGCGGCCUCAGCCACCAAUGAUCAAUUGAGUGACUUUGCAUUCAUGGAGCCAGACGAUUUACUGGCUAGCGAGAAGCUCGAACGUCUGCAGCGCCGUCAGCAUCGCAGCCGACGCAGCAGCGGCAACAGUCCCGACUUUGAGGACCUCAAUGACGAGGACGAGGGCAAGCUGGACGCCGACGCGGACCCGGCCGAACCCCAAACUUCAGAGUCACGAGUGCGACCCAGACGCCAAGCCCCGUACGUCAUCUAUCCCGAAGUCUUGGUGAUUGUCGACUAUGAUGGAUAUCGACUGCAUGGCGGUGACAACCUGCAGGUUAAAAGAUACUUCAUUUCGUUCUGGAACGGUGUCGAUCUGCGCUAUCGCCUGCUGAAGGGACCCAGAAUACGCAUUAGCAUUGCUGGCAUUAUUAUCUCACGCGGUCGCGAUGCCACGCCCUAUUUGGAACGUAAUCGUGUGGGCCGCGAUGCUAUCGACUCGGCUGCCGCACUGACCGACAUGGGCAAAUAUCUGUUCAGAGAGCGUCGUCUGCCCGUCUACGACAUCGCCGUGGCCAUCACCAAACUUGAUAUGUGCCGUCGCACCUCCGCAUUUGGUGAAUGUAAUCGCGGUACCGCAGGCUUUGCCUAUGUUGGCGGCGCUUGCGUGGUCAACAAGCGGCUGGAGAAGGUGAACAGCGUCGCCAUCAUCGAGGACACCGGCGGCUUCAGCGGCAUCAUUGUGGCCGCCCACGAAGUGGGACAUUUAUUGGGCGCCGUCCAUGAUGGCUCUCCUCCGCCCAGCUACCUGGGUGGACCAGGCGCUCAGCGCUGCCGCUGGGAGGACGGCUACAUAAUGUCCGACCUGCGUCACACAGAGCGCGGCUUCCGUUGGUCCGCCUGCACAGUGCAGAGUUUCCAUCACUUCCUCAAUGGGGACACCGCCACCUGCCUGCACAAUGCACCACACGAGGACAGCGCCUUGGGUAGAUCGCUGCCGGGCACACUGCUCUCACUGGAUGCGCAAUGUCGGCGGGACCGUGGCACCUACGCGUGCUUCAAGGAUGAGCGCGUCUGUGCGCAGCUCUUCUGCUUCGAUGCGCAGACGGGCUACUGCGUUGCCUACAGGCCAGCAGCGGAGGGUUCAGCGUGUGGUAAUGGCUACCACUGCCUGGAUGGUCGCUGCUCUCCACUGCCCUCGAACAUAAUCCCCGACUACGGAAACAAUUACCGUUUAGUAUACAAUAAAAUCAGCCAGACAAACAGCGAUGCAAAGAGCCCAACAGCCGAAGACAUUGAAAAUAGUAGCGAAGAAAUCGAUUCAGAAGAGGCUGAGGCUGAGGCUGAGGAUGAAGCCGAAGAGAAACGUGAGCAGAAGCGGGAGCCAAACGACACUAGUAGUGAGGAGCAGCAGGAUAACAAUAUACAGCAAAGCUCAGCAGCUGCUGUUGCAGCUACGUCUGCUGCUGCUGCCGCUGACACGCCGACAACAACAACAAAAACGACGACAAAGACAACGGCGCGAGCCAAAUCGUUUGAAUAUUUGCGACGACUUUUCAACACUGACCGCACUGAUAAUUUGGCAUUACUCAACACUGAGACGGAAUGGCUGCAAAAUGGUGGCGUUAUGGUUAAAACGCACACCAGCAGCAGCAUCAGCAGCAGCAGCAGCAGCGGCGCACACUACACAACAACAACAACCACACCAAAACCAACAACAACAACAACAACAACAACAACACAAACACCGAAUCUGUUUCAAUUUUAUACACAUGAACUACGAAAACAAAUCGAAUACUAUUUCCACUUGAUACAAACACAACAACAACAACAACAACCACAUCAGAAUACGCCCCAUAAACAACAACCAGAACAAACUGUAGUUACGUCCAAUGAACAUUUCUCAAUACCCUUGGUACAAAAACAAAUUACAAAUUAUAGUGCCACCAUCAACAGCAGCAACAACAGCGGCGACAGCAACAGCAAUGGCGCUAAAGAACAUAAUAGCAACAGCAACAGCAACAGCAGCAACAACAGCGAGGAAGCAAACAAGCGACAGCAACAGCAGCAGCAGCAGCAACAACAUCAAGUUGAUGCAGAGAACGAGGCCAAUGCCGGCAUUGAGAUCAAUGAAGCAAUUGAGCGGCAAAAACGUAAGUUUCACAUACAGCAACCCAGACACUUGACAACACUGCAACAGCAACAAUUGGCAACACCAACAACAACAGCCGCAACCAGAGCAGCCAAGGCGACGCCAACGUCAACAGCAACAACAGCUGCAACAACAACUAAAGCAAAAACAACUUCAUCGAUAUUCGAUGCAUAUUUUAAAAAAUUUCAAGCAUUGCAUUUACCAACACUGGACGGUGCGGUUACAGCCACCACAACAUCGGUGUCCACCUCCGUUAGUUCGACAGCAACAAAAGCCAGCAGCACACAACAACAACAACAAAAACAGCAACAACAAAAACAGCAACAACAACAACAGCAAAACUUUGAUGGCAGUCAAUUCUUGAAACGUACGCUAAAUCGCAGUAGUAAUAUAACAAACAAAAAUAGUAGUAAUAAAGUUAGUAGCAAUAGUCAUAGCUAUAGUCAGCAACAACAUGAACAACAGCAACAACAACAAUUGACAUCGCCCUCAUAUGUGACAAACUACAUUGGCGACAAUACCAACAAUUUGCCAACGGUGUUGGACAAUCAACCAAGCACAACAACAACAACAACAACAGCCAUACAACAACUCGAACAACAGUCAGCAAAUGGCAACACAACAACAACAACAACGCCUAAAAAACCUAAAAUCAAAACACAAAAGCUGAUACGACGCACACGAGUCAUGUGAAAGCAAGCAUAGAAGCAGAAAGGGCGUCGGCAACACUGCUGCUAUUUCUACUACUACUUAAUAUACGUAUACACAACAUUUCAACUCUACCAACAACACUGCCAGCGCUACCAGUCGUAACUGUAACUCUUCGCAUACCUCUUAUACAAAUACACACACACACAGUUACACACACAUACAAAGUUAGAACAGAUUUACAGUUACACGCACACAUGCCUAAAUUGUCCUCUCAACGUUCCGAUUCCGAUUUGUCACUUUGCUACUUCGUGCGGUAAGAACACAAAAGCAACAAAAUACAACAACUUAGUUAAUUCGUAGUCUAAAAGCUUCGCAAACAAAUAAAAA